UAGGCUGCAAAUUUGAAUAUGCAAAAGAGAGGACUAAAUCAUGUAUUGGAAAAAUUCAUCCCUGAAAGUGAAACAAAAUAGAUAAAUAGCUCAAUGAAGUAAGUGUUGGCUCCAAUUGUAAAAGGAAAACAAUGAAGACAUCUGGAAACACCACCUGACCAGGAUAUAUAUGGAUCAAUUGCAAGUUCUUGGUACCGUUCACGUACCAAACCAACAAACUGUAUGCACAUGGCAAUGGGGGUCAUCAGCUUGCUAUCGCUACUCGCCACCGUCCUAAUAAUCUCCAGAGUAGGCGCUGGCGAUGAAGCCACACUGCUUGCUUUCAAAGCGCUGGUCAGCAGUGGCGACUCUCGAGCGCUUGCGUCCUGGAACAGCAGCGUCCAGUUCUGUGGCUGGGAGGGCGUGACCUGCAGCCACCCGAAAUCCACACGGGUGGUGGCGCUGGUCUUGUACAGCAGAGGACUCACAGGAGCACUCUCACCGGCCCUUGGUAACCUCACAUUCCUGCGUACGCUCAACCUGAGCUCCAAUGGGCUCCACGGGGAGAUACCAACGAGCCUCGGCCACCUCCGCAACCUGCUGAUGCUCGACCUGAGCUUCAACUGGCUCCGUGGGGAGAUUCCAGCAAGCCUCGGCAACCUCCGUCGCCUGCAGACACUCAAACUGAGCUACAACUCCUUCACUGGAACAAUCCCUGUGAACCUAAGCUCCUGCAUCAACAUGACCUAUAUGGCACUACACAGCAACAAGCUUGGUGGGCACAUCCCAGAUAAGCUCGGCGAAACUCUGGCAGCGCUUACAGUGCUCUCGCUGAGGAACAACAGCUUCACAGGACCCAUCCCAGCAUCACUGUCCAAUAUGUCUUAUCUACAAUAUCUUGAUCUCUCCAACAACCAGCUCUUUGGCUCAAUACCACCAGGGCUCACCAGGAUCCAAAGCAUGCAGCAAUUUGAUAUAUCCAUCAAUAACCUCUCUGGUAUGCUUCCUUCCUCCCUCUACAACUUGUCGAUGCUGGAAACGUUUAUUGUAGGGAGAAAUAUGCUGCACGGAACCGUCCCUGCUGAUAUUGGCAACAAAUUCCCCAGAAUGCGAACUCUUAACUUGGCUGUUAAUCAGUUCAGUGGAACCAUCCCUUCAUCGAUAACCAAUCUAUCUGAUCUCAGACUGGUUCUCCUCUAUGAGAACCAAUUUAGCGGCUAUGUGCCUCCUACUUUGGGGAGGUUGGGAGCUCUAAAAUCUUUGAACAUCUAUCAAAAUAAGCUUGAAGCAAAUGACAGUGAGGGGUGGGAAUUCAUCACUUCUUUGGCAAACUGCAGUCAAUUGCAGUACUUGGUACUCAGCAAAAACUCUUUCGAAGGACAACUACCAGUUUCAAUUGUUAACCUCUCAACAACUCUCCAGAAGUUAUAUUUAGAUGACAAUAGGAUCUCAGGGAGCAUCCCUGCAGAUAUCGGCAAUCUGGUUGGCUUGGAUAUGGUAGUGAUAGUGAAUACUUCCAUGUCAGGAGUGAUCCCAGAGAGCAUCGGAAAGCUACAGAACUUGACUGACCUUGCCCUGUAUAGUAGUGGCUUGACAGGCCUCAUACCACCAUCUGUAGGUAAUCUGACAAAGUUAAGUUGGUUUCUUGCAUACUACAACAACCUGGAAGGAGCAAUACCAGAAAGUCUUGGGAACCUGAAGGAACUAUCUGUGCUAGAUUUAUCGACAAAUUACCGCCUGAACGGUUCAAUACCCAAGGAUAUUUUUAAGUUGCCAUCAGUCUUAUGGCAAUUGGAUUUAUCAUACAAUUCUCUUUCAGGACCCCUUCCAAUAGAAGUUGGCACUAUGACUAACCUCAAUGAAUUGAUUUUGUCUGGAAACCAGUUGUCUGGCCAAAUACCUAGUAGUAUAGGAAACUGCAGAGUUCUUCAAAAACUAUUGCUAGAUAAAAACUCUUUUGAAGGAAGCAUACCUCAAUCUCUGGAGAACUUAAAGGGACUCAAUAUAUUGAAUCUGACAACGAAUAAUUUGUCUGGUAGGAUCCCUGAUGCCAUCGGUAGCAUUCAAGCCCUACAACAAUUGUUCCUAGCACACAACAGCUUGUCAGGGUCAAUCCCAGCAGUUCUGCAGAACUUGUCAUCAUUGUUCAAAUUGGAUGUAUCUUUCAAUCAUUUGCAAGGUGAGGUGCCAUAUAGAGGUUAUUUUAGAAACCUAACUUACAUGGCAGUUGUUGGGAAUAGAAAUUUGUGUGGUGGUACACCUGAACUUCAGUUGACUCCAUGCUCAACGAACCCCUUAUGCAAGAAAAAGAUGUCAAAGUCUCUUAAAAUUUCUCUAGUCACAACUGGAGCAACAUUGCUGUCACUUUCAGUCAUCCUUCUUGUUCGAAUGCUUCACAACAAGCUCAAACAAAGGCAGAAGGGAAUAGUGCAACCAUUAAUUGCUGAGGAUCAAUACGAAAGAAUCCCAUAUCACGCAUUACUGAGAGGAACUAACGGGUUUUCAGAGGCAAACUUGCUCGGAAAAGGAAGAUAUGGUGCAGUUUACAGGUGUAUUUUGGAGAGUGGGGAAAGAACCUUGGCUGUCAAGGUCUUCAACCUUUGGCAAUCCGGAUCAUCCAAGAGUUUUGAAGCUGAAUGUGAGGCCAUGAGAAGGAUACGGCACCGCUGUCUCAUAAAGAUCAUCACUUGUUGCUCGAGCGUCGACCACCAGGGUCAAGAGUUCAAGGCAUUGGUUUUUGAGAUCAUGCCCAAUGGUAGCUUAGAUGGUUGGCUUCAUCCAGAAUAUCAAAACCUCAGUACAAGCAACACACUUAGCCUUGCCCAGAGGCUGGAUAUUGCUGUUGAUGUUGUGGAUGCAAUACAAUAUCUACACAAUCACUGUCAACCACUGAUAAUUCAUUGUGAUCUUAAACCAAGCAACAUUCUUCUUGCUGAAGACAUGAGUGCCCGGGUUGGAGACUUUGGCAUAUCAAAAAUCCUUCUAGAAAAUACAAACAAAAGGAUACAAAAUUCAUAUAGCUCGACUGCAAUUAGAGGUACUAUAGGGUAUGUUGCUCCAGAGUAUGGGGAAGGCUGUGCAGUCUCACCUCUGGGUGAUAUUUAUAGCCUUGGCAUAUUGUUGCUCGAAAUAUUCACCGGAAGAAGCCCAACAGAUGAAAUGUUCAGAGAUGCAUUGGAUCUGCCUAAGUUUGUCAGAGAUGCUCUUCCAGAUAGAGCCUUGGAGAUAGCAGAUACAAUAAUUUGGCUGCACGGACAAACAGAGGAUAAUAUUGCAACGAGUAGAAUCCAGGAGUGUUUGGUUUCAGUCUUCAUGCUCGGCAUAUCCUGCUCAAAGCAACAGCCUCAAGAGCGACCAUUGAUAAGAGAUGCAGCAGUAGAGAUGCAUGCGAUCAGAGAUGUGUACCUUGAGUUCGUUGGUUAGCUUAUUGGGACAUGGAGCAGAGGAGAAUCAUCAACUCAAGACUUUCAGAAAUGGCAAACUGGUAGUACAGUACAAGACUUGAUCCUGCAAUAAUGGAAGCUAUAUAUGUCGCUUUGGAUAGUACGUGUUCCGAGAACGAUGUUUUUUUUGUAACAGUACUAUCAGAUGUGUUCUAAGCUGUUUCUUUAUAACAGCAUUAUCAGAUGUGUUCUAAGAGCUAGUACUAUGUCGUUCUUUAUAAACAGUACUAUCAGAUAAAUGAUCCAUUAGCAUUUGUGCUAAGAGCUACUCCAACAGUAAUAAUCCAUUAGUAUUUGUGCUAA